AUGGCCUUACAGCAAACUACCGAGUCUGUUAGCGACCUGAAUGCCAAGUUCUUGGAGAUGCUAUCUUUUUGUCCCUCGUUUGCUGGGAACGAGGCCUGGUUGGUCAGCCGAUACACUACCAUUCUACGUACCAAGAUUCAGGAAUUCGUUAGCAUGCAGGAGUUCCCGACUUUAUCCGUGAUCAUGGAUACAGUGAGGAGGAGGGAAAUCGAGUUGCAGACCCAGUCCAAGAGGAAGGCCAAUGACACCUCCUCUAAGACAUCCGGAGAUGCCCAGAAAAAGCAAAAGCAGGGUGGUAAGUCAAGGUAUGAGUACAGGCUGUCUUCAGGUCAGGGCGAGAAAAAUCCGUUGAUAUGCUACAACUGCAAAAAGCCAGGGCAUCAUUGGAAGAAUUGUAGGGCUCCCCCUGCGAGUGCAGUUCCUCAGAUUACUUUUGCUGCUCCCGUCUGCUAUCACUACAACAAGACGGGACACAAGAAGCCCGAAUGCCCGAAGUUGAAGGCUGGUAAAGGAGGCGGGGGUACAAAUCCUGCAUUUGCAUCGUCUUCUAAGGGACCCACUAUAGUGACACGAGGUCGUGCUCACCAGAUGACUGCGGAUGAGCCGGUGAUUACCGCGACAGUGGCAGGCACUUAUUUGCUAGAUUCUGAUCCUGCUGUUGUUAUGUUUGAUAGCGGUGCUACCCAUUCUUUUGUAUCUCGCACGUUUAUUAAUCGUUUGGGGUGUAGUAUCGGAAUAUUGGCUCGCCCAAUGGUUGUCGAAGUUGCCGACUACCGCACUAUUUAUGUCACCAAUGUUUAUCGGGGUUGCACUCUCGAGUUUUCUGGAGUUGAAUUCCCUAUUGAUCUUAUCCCUAUUGCGAUGCGAGAGCUCUACGUUAUCAUAGGCAUGGAUUGGCUUGAUGCGUUUGAUGCGGAAAUCUAUCGUAAGAAGCAAGUUCAUGUUCGAAACCCUAGAGGUGGAGAACUUAUUAUUCAGGGGGACAUUCCCCGCCUGGCUAUGGCUUCUUGCUCUUCUACUAUAGCACUAGAUGACGUUCCUAUUGUUUCCGACUUCAGCGAUGUCUUUCCAAAGGAACUCCCUGGCUUGCCAUCUAUUCGGCAAGUGGAGUUUCACAUUGAUUUGGUGUCAGGUGUGACUCUGGUAGCGAAAUCUCUGUACUGCUUGGCACCACCUGAAAUGAAAGAGCUCCAAGAUCAACUUCAAGAACUAAGGAGCUAA